AUGGUCCGCAAGCAUAUGAUGCAUGGGCCUUGUGGCAGCAAAAAUCCUAAUAAUGUCUGCAUGCAAGGUAAAAGAGUGAGAUUCUGUAAGAACAAGUAUCCAAAGCAGUGGGCGCCUGCUACAACUCAUGGACAGAAUGCUUAUCCAAUAUAUCGACGAAGAAAUGAUGGAAAAGCAGUUCAUGUUCGAGGCCUACAACUGGAUAACAGAUGGGUGGUGCCGUAUAAUCCAUAUUUAUUAGCAAAGUUCAAUUGCCACAUCAACGUUGAAAUCUGUUCUACCAUCAAAGUUGUCAAGUACAUGUUCAAGUACAUUUUCAAAGGACAUGACAAAAUACAUUUUCGACUGAAUUCAGAUACUACGGAGCAGUACAUUGAUGAAAUUAAAGAAUAUCAAACAGCAAGAUGGGUAUCCGGUAUUGAAGCUAUGUGGCGAAUAUACAGAUUUUCUCUUAACGAAAUGCAUCCUUCAGUCAUGAAUUUGCAGCUACACUUACCAAACUAUCAACCAAUGAGUUUCAAGGAUGAUGAGGAUAUCAGAGAUGUAUUGAAAAAUCCAUUCAAGAAAAAGACUAUGUUGACAGAGUUUUUCUAUAUGAAUGCAACCGACGAUCUAGCAAAAGCCUUAAAAUGCACAUACAAGGAGUUCCCUGAACAUUUCGUUUGGCAUCCAGAUAAGAAGUACUGGUCAGCGAGGAAACAAAAAGACUCUAUUGGAAGAAUUGUUGCAGCAAAUCCAAGCGAAGGAGACCGUUACUUCCUACGCCUACUUUUAGUUAAUGUCAAGGGACCAACUUCAUUUGAUCAUCUCAAGAUUAUAGAUGGUCAAUAUGCAGCAAGCUUUCAAGAAGCAGCAAUACUAAGGGGAUAUUUUGAAUCAAAUAAUGCACAGGAACAAUGUCUCCAAGAAGCAGCAUUAUAUCAUAUGCCUCACACUUUCAGAAGACUUUUUGCUACGUUAUUGGUACACUUUCCACCAGCAAAUCCUAGACAGCUUUGGCAAAAUUUCGAAUCAUCCUUAUCUGAAGAUUUUUAUCAGCAGACUCAUACACAUCCUGAUCAGAUACGACUACAUGUGCUCCAUGAAAUAAGUAAAUUCUUACAAUCAAUGGGUAAGAACAUCAAUAGCUACGACUUAGUUCCACGAAUUCUCAAAUUUGACCAAGCAGACAGAGAAACUAGAGAUACUAUAAGUGAAGCUCAGAUUACAGUAUCAGAUGAAGAUAUAGCUUCCAUUACCCGAUUGAAUAUUGAGCAGAAACUCGCAUUUGACACAAUUACAGCACAUGUAUACAACAACUGCAAAGGAUCUUUCUUCUUGGACGGAUCAGGAGGGACUGGCAAGACAUUUUUAUACAAAGCUUUAUUAGCUGAUAUUAGAUCAAAAGGCUUCAUAGCAUUGGCUACAGCAUCAAGUGGAGUUGCAGCAUCAAUACUUCCUGGAGGGCGAACAGCACAUUCACGCUUCAAAAUACCAAUCAAUAUGGAUAUAAACAACAUGUGCAUUAUUAGCAAACAAAGUGCAUUAGCAGGAUUACUUCGACAAGCGAAUCUCAUAAUCUGGGACGAAGCUCCAAUGAUGCACAAAACAGGAAUCGAAGGUGUAGACAAACUAUUAAGAGACUUGAUAGACACAGAUGAUCUUUUUGGAGACAAAGUGAUAGUUUUCGGUGGUGAUUUUCGUCAGGUACUUCCAGUCGUAACAAAAGGAUCAAAAGCUGAUUUCAUGCAAGCAAGUCUUAUAAAUUCCUAUAUCUGGCCUCAAUUACAAAAACUUAAACUUAAACAAAACAUGAGAGCUCUUGCUGAUCCACAUUUUACUGAUUAUCUUCUUCGUAUAGGAGAUGGAACAGAAUCUUUCGUCUGCAACAAUAAUGUUCAGAUUCCCAAACACUUAGUCAUACCAUACAAUACUGAAGAGCAAUCACUCAAUGAACUAAUUCAUGCAGUAUUUCCAGAUUUGAAGAGUUGCUCACAAGAAGAUCUUUCAUGGACAAACAGAGCUAUUCUCACAACUAAAAACGAGUUCGUUGACGACAUCAACAAUACAUUGAUAGAAGAAUUUUCAGGCAACACUUCUGAAUACAUCAGCCGCGACAAAAUAACAGAUACUUCCCAGUAG